UCAAAUUAUUUCUUAAAAAAAAAAAAACUCUUCAAAAAUACAAACUUAAUUUAAACACCUUUUUUCCUUUGGAAUUAUCUUUCCCUCUCUUUAUUUCUGGCCGGCAGCUUCUCUUUUUCCUCAGCUAUUACAGUUGUUAAUGAGUUAAUAAAUUUACUUAUUUUCUUGUUCAUCUGUAAACAAGCAAAAAAUGGUGCUUCAAACAUACACUUCCAUGUUGAUUGGAACAUCCUAUGAAACUUCAAUUCAAGCUCAAGCUAUUUCUUCAGCUCAAAACCUUAAUUCCCAUUUCAAUUUUAGGGUCUUUCUAGGGUUUAACUUACACAGUUUUACCCAAAGACAAAUCUGUAAAUCUCAACCUUCAUCCAAAACUGACCACCCAUUACACAGAAAUAUCAAGAUUCUGCAACCCCACGAGCAAAAACCUCAAGGAGAUGAUAAAGAUAGGGUUUUUGUAGGGUUUAAGCUUCAGGGUCAUUCAAAGGCUGAAGCUUUACCUUCAAGAACGGUUGUUAAUGGUAAAAAGAAGGGAUAUGGAGGUAUUUUACCUUCAAUUUUGCGUUCUUUACGCACAGAAAGUGAUGUUGAGAAAACCCUUAAUUUGUAUUAUGGGAAGCUUAGUCCUAAAGAGCAAACUGUGAUUCUUAAAGAGCAAAGUAAUUGGGAAAAAGCUCUUCGGGUUUUUGAGUGGAUGAAAUCGCAGAAAGAUUAUGUUCCUAAUGUAAUUCACUAUAAUGUUAUACUUAGAGCACUAGGUAGAGCUAAGAAAUGGGAUGAAUUGAGACUUUGUUGGAUUGAAAUGGCGAAGAAUGGUGUUUUUCCGACGAACAAUACUUAUGGAAUGCUUGUUGAUGUGUAUGGGAAAGCAGGGUUGGUGAAGGAGUCUGUUUUAUGGAUUAAACAUAUGAAGUUGAGGGGAAUUUUCCCUGAUGAGGUUACAAUGAAUACAGUUGUUAAGGUUUUAAAGGAUGCAGGGGAAUAUGAUAGAGCAGAUAGGUUCUACAAGGAUUGGUGUACUGGGAAGAUUGAACUGGAUGAUUUUGAUUUGGAUUCUAUAGAUGACUCUGAACCUUUCAGUUUGAAGCAGUUUUUGUUGACUGAGCUUUUCAGGACCGGAGGGAGGAAUCCAUCUAGAGUUUCAGAAAUUGAGAAAACUUGUAGGAAACCUCAAAUGACUGCCACCUACAAUACUCUGAUUGAUUUGUAUGGAAAGGCUGGUCGAUUGAAGGACACUGCAAAUGUGUUUAAUGAGAUGUUGAAAUCCGGUGUGGCUUUGGACGCUGUAACAUUCAACACUAUGAUCUUUAUUUGUGGAAGUCAUGGCUACUUGGAAGAGGCGGAAGCUUUGCUGAACAAGAUGGAGGAAAGAUCGAUAUCUCCGGACACUAAAACAUACAACAUCUUCCUGUCUCUUUAUGCUAAUGCAGGUAAGAUUGACAGAGCGAUUCAGUGGUACAGAAAGAUAAGGAGGACAGGACUUUUCCCUGAUGCUGUGACUUGUAGGGCUAUUAUUCAGACACUAUGCAAGCAAAAUAUGCUUCAGGAGGUUGAAAAUGUGAUUAGUGAAAUUGAAAGUUUAGGUAUGUAUAUAGAUGAACACUCUCUUCCUGUUAUUAUGAGAAUGUACAUCAAUGCAGGGUUGAUCGAUUGUGCAAAAACGAUUUUUGAGAAGUGUCAACUGAACGGCGGGUUCUCAUCGCCAGCUUAUGCUGCCAUCAUCGAUGCGUAUGCUGAUAAAGGACUUUGGGCUGAAGCCGAGGAUGUGUUCUUUGGUAGAAGAGACAAGUUUAUUCAGAAGAAAGCAAUUGUAGAAUAUAAUGUCAUGAUCAAAGCAUAUGGAAUCGCAAAGCUAUAUGAUAAAGCUUUCUCGCUCUUCAAGGGAAUGAAAAGCCAAGGGACAUGGCCAGAUGAGUGCACUUAUAACUCUCUAAUCCAAAUGUUCUCCGGGGGUGAUUUAGUUGACCAAGCCAAAGAGCUCUUAGCCGAAAUGCAAGGAUUGAAAUUUAAACCUUCAUGUUCUACCUUCUCUGCACUAAUUGCUAGUUAUGUGCGCAUGAGCAGGCUUUCUGAUGCUGUUAAUGUCUUCGAUGAAAUGUCAAAAGCAGGUGUAAAACCAAAUGAGGUUGUUUAUGGUGCUUUAAUUGAUGGGUUUGCUGAAGCUGGUAAAUUUGAAGAAGCUAUGCAGUAUUUUCAUGUCAUGAAUGACUCUGGGAUUCAAGCUAAUCAGAUAAUCUUGACUUCAAUGAUUAAGGCUUAUAGUAAGCUUGGAUCAGUAGAGGGAGCGAAAAAAUUGUAUGAGCAGAUGAAAAACUUGCAUGGAGGUCCUGAUAUCAUUGCAUCCAAUAGUAUGCUAAAUCUGUAUGCAGACUUUGGAAUGGUCUCGGAAGCAAAAAUGAUAUUUAAUCAUUUGAGGGAGAAAGGCCAGGCUGAUGGUGUUACUUUUGCAACCUUGAUUUAUGCAUACAAGAAUAUGGGUAUGCUCGAUGAAGCCAUUGAGAUAGCAGAGGAGAUGAAGCAAUCUGGACUUUUAAGAGAUUGUAUGACAUUCAAUAAGGUAAUGGCAUGUUAUGCCACAAAUGGGCAGCUUGUUGAAUGUGGCGAAUUGCUGCAUGAAAUGAUUAACCGGAAACUUCUGCCAGAUGGAGGCACAUUUAAGGUUUUAUUCACAAUAUUGAAAAAGGGAGGUUUUCCGGCGGAGGCAGUUAGACAGCUCGAGUUGUCUUACCAAGAAGGUAAACCUUACGCCAGACAGGCGGUGAUAAGUGCUGUUUACUCUGCAGUAGGCUUGCACACAUUUGCAAUUGAAUCCUGCAGCGUUAUCACACAACCACAAUUGGGACUCCAUCCCUUUGCUUACAAUGUUGCAAUAUAUGUGUAUGGAGCUUCAGCUCAAAUUGAUGAGGCACUAAAAAUAUUUAUGCGAAUGCAAGAUGAAGGACUGAAACCAGAUAUUGUCACAUUUAUUAAUCUUGUAGGUUGCUAUGGGAAAGCUGGCAUGGUUGAAGGUAUAAAGCGGAUAUAUGGCCAGUUAAAAUAUGGACACAUUGAGCCCAACGAGUCAUUAUACAAUGCAAUCAUUGAGGCCUAUAGUGAUGCAGGCAGAUAUGACCUUUCUGAUUUGGUUAGUCAGGAAAUGGAACUCGAUUUAGAUGUGAAGAAGCUUAAAGUCUCUGAAUCUGAAAGUGUUGUGGAUGAAGUUUCUGAAGUUGGUGAAGGAGAAGAUUUGGAAGGUUGAUAAACCCAUCAAGGCUAAGCAUGACCUUGUGCUCAGUAGCAUUCUUGACAUAUCUUAUGUAAUUUCAAUUGUCUAGCUUCGAUUUUGUGCCCUUAUAUGAGCCUUGUUUGUUAUAUAAUUCGAGUUGAGUUUUUUGGGCUUAGUCAGAAGAAUUGGAAAAAUGAGCAUGACCAUGUUUGGUGUGAAGGUGAAAGAAGGAAAAGAAGGCAAAAAUGGACAGCCAUCUAUUGGUCUUGUUUAUCGAAAUCCAUUAGCUAGAAUUGGUUUUCCUCCAGCUUAUCCUGAUUUGUGUACUGCUUCGCAACUCUUUAGUCCUUACAACUGGAAAACCUACAAAGAAGCUUAUGAAGAGAUUUUGUAGACUGGUUCUGCAUUACGGGCUCACGGUAUUGAACAUGGUGCUCGAAUUGGAAUUGAUAGAGCCAAUUGUCCUCAGUGGAUGGUGGCAAUGGAGCUUGCAGUGCCUACAGUUUGAUAUGUGUCCCUCUCUAUGAUACCCUUGGUAAAUAAUGGACGUGGCGCUGUAGAUUUUAUUAUUGAACAUGCUGAGAUUGAUAUCGUGUUUAUUCAAGAUAAGAAAGUGAAAGAAGCGAGGAUCAUCUAAAGCACCUUAAAUGUUUCUUCUGUUUCACUGCUAUUGACCUUUCCUUGAUUUGGAUAUUUGAGCUAUAUGAUGAUCUCUGGUCCAUGUUUUCUUUGCAGCUUCUUAAUUCAGAGUGCAUACAUACUAAACACCUGAAAUGUAAAUCUGCCCUUCUAUUGGUUGCAGCUACCAGAUUGACAAUUGUUAUCGAGUUUGUUUGUGGUUGCUGUGCUCAUAUGUUUCACUUUGCUACAGCAGGAAGAGAAGGAUAAGGCAGUUUCUAUGAAUAUUAAACCAUACUCUUGGAGUGAAUUUCUCAACAUGGGUAAAGAGAAUCCGUCAGAGCCUUCACCGACAUAAUGUACAAUCAUGUAUACUAGUGGAACUAGCGGAGAACCUGAAGGUGUACUAUUGACUCAUCAAAUUUGCUCCACCUUGUGCAGCAAGUGUACAUGUAUUUCCAGGGGAAGUGGGGAGGCUGUGGAGAUGAAGAAAGAGGCUGCAAGAUCGACUAUGAUGGCAGCACUAUGACAACAUUAUUGUAGGGUCGUGUGAGCAUAUCCAAUUUUGGGAAAGCUGGCAUGGUUGAGCUGUAAAUUAUGACCAAGUUGAAAAGGGGUAUGUUAGGUCUGUGCUAGUUAAGAUUCAUGUUGUCUGGAUCUAUGUUAUAGGUGAAAAAAGAGGUAGGGUGAUUAGCAUGAACUUGUUUACUUGUCUCUACCUACACAGGAGUCCCCAAAUGUAAACUGAAUAGGGAACAAGCCAUGAUUUCUAUGCAUUCAAUUGAGAAAUUAAGGAACCGGACAACUGUUCCCUUUUGUUCUCCGUGAGACCGGAAAUACAACUAAAAGUUUGAAACGC